GCAGGCUCGGCGCGGCAGCAGAGGAGGCGGCAGGCGCACGGAGAGAGCGGCCGCCCGCCCCGCUCCGCUCGGUUCCGGCUCAGGGCCGACCCAUCGGUGCUCGCCCGGCAAAGGCGCGCACCUGCCGGCUGUGGACCUGGGGACAUGCACAGGCCAGCAAGGAGGCCCGCCGCCUCCCCAAGCAUCAUCCUGUAGGGGACCAAGUUAGCCAAGGCUUGUGCAGCGUUGACCUCCGCGCCAUGGAGGCCCCAUAUUCUAUGACUGCACACUACGACGAGUUCCAGGAGGUCAAGUACGUGAGCCGGUGUGGCGCGGGGGGCGCGCGCGGGGCUUCGCUGCCUCCGGGCUUCCCGCGGGGUGCAGGGCGCAGCGCAGGCGGGGCGCGGGCCGGGCUGCCCCGCUGGAACCGGCGCGAGGUGUGCCUGCUGUCGGGGCUGGUGUUCGCCGCCGGCCUGUGCGCCAUCCUGGCCGCCAUGCUGGCGCUCAAGUACCUGGGCCCAGGCUCAGCGGGCGGCGGCGGCUCCUGUCCCGAGGGCUGCCCCGAGCGCAAGGCCUUCGCGCGCGCCGCCCGCUUCCUGGCCGCCAACCUGGACGCCAGCAUCGACCCGUGCCAGGACUUCUACUCGUUUGCGUGCGGCGGCUGGCUGCGACGCCACGCCAUCCCCGACGACAAGCUCACCUAUGGCACCAUCGCGGCCAUCGGCGAGCAGAACGAGGAGCGCCUGCGGCGCCUGCUGGCGCGGCCCCAGGGAGGCCCGGGCGGCUCGGCGCAGCGCAAGGUGCGCGCCUUCUUCCGCUCGUGCCUCGACAUGCGCGAGAUCGAGCGGCUCGGGCCGCGGCCCAUGCUCGAGGUCAUCGAGGACUGCGGGGGCUGGGACCUGGGCGGCGCGGCCGAGCGCCCGGGGACGGCGGCACGCUGGGACCUCAACCGGCUGCUGUACAAGGCGCAGGGCGUGUACAGCGCGGCCGCGCUCUUCUCGCUCACCGUCAGCCUGGACGACAGGAACUCCUCGCGCUACGUCAUCCGCAUUGACCAGGAUGGGCUCACCCUGCCAGAGAGGACCCUGUACCUAGCUCAGGAUGAGGAGAAUGAAAAGAUCCUGGCGGCAUACAGGGUGUUCAUGGAGCGUCUGCUCAGCCUUUUGGGAGCCGAUGCUGUGGAGCAGAAGGCCCAGGAGAUCCUGCAGCUGGAGCAGCGGCUUGCCAACAUCACAGUGUCAGAGUAUGAUGACCUCCGGCGAGACGUGAGCUCCAUGUACCAUAAAGUGACCCUGGGGCAGCUACAGAAGCUCACCCCCCAUCUGCGGUGGAAGUGGCUGCUGGACCAGAUCUUCCAGGAGGACUUCUCAGAGGAUGAGGAGGUGGUGCUGCUGGCCACAGACUACAUGCAGCAGGUGUCCCAACUCAUCAGGUCAACCCCCCACAGGAUCCUGCACAACUACUUGGUGUGGCGUGUGGUGGUGGUCCUGAGUGAGCACUUGUCACCACCAUUCCGUGAGGCACUGCAUGAGUUGGCCCGUGAGAUGGAGGGCAGUGACAAGCCCCAGGAGCUGGCCCGAGUCUGCCUGGGCCAGGCCAACCGCCACUUUGGCAUGGCUCUUGGUGCCCUGUUUGUACAUGAGCACUUCUCAGCUGCCAGCAAAGCCAAGGUGCAGCAGCUGGUGGAAGAUAUCAAGUACAUUUUGGGCCAGCGUCUGGAGGAACUGGAUUGGAUGGACGCCCAGACCAAGGCAGCAGCUCGGGCCAAGCUCCAGUACAUGAUGGUCAUGGUCGGCUACCCAGACUUCUUGCUUAAACCCGAGGCCGUGGACAAGGAAUAUGAGUUUGAGGUCCAUGAGAAGACCUACUUCAAGAACAUCUUGAACAGCAUCCGCUUUAGCAUUCAGCUCUCUGUUAAGAAGAUUCGACAGGAAGUGGACAAGUCCACAUGGCUGCUCCCCCCACAGGCACUCAAUGCCUACUAUCUACCCAAUAAGAACCAAAUGGUGUUCCCAGCUGGUAUCCUGCAGCCCACACUGUAUGAUCCUGAUUUCCCACAGUCUCUGAACUACGGGGGCAUUGGCACCAUCAUCGGGCAUGAGCUGACCCAUGGCUACGAUGACUGGGGGGGCCAGUAUGACCGCUCUGGGAACCUGCUGCACUGGUGGACAGAAGCCUCCUACAGCCGCUUCCUACGAAAGGCUGAGUGCAUUGUCCGCCUCUACGACAACUUCACUGUCUACAACCAGCGGGUAAAUGGGAAGCACACGCUUGGUGAGAACAUCGCAGACAUGGGCGGCCUCAAGCUGGCCUACUAUGCCUAUCAGAAGUGGGUGAGGGAGCACGGCCCUGAGCACCCUCUGCACCGCCUCAAGUACACACACAACCAGCUCUUCUUCAUUGCCUUUGCCCAGAAUUGGUGCAUCAAGCGGAGGUCGCAGUCCAUCUACCUGCAGGUGCUGACUGACAAGCACGCACCUGAGCACUACCGGGUGCUGGGCAGUGUGUCCCAGUUCGAGGAGUUUGGCCGGGCCUUCCACUGUCCCAAGGAUUCACCCAUGAACCCGGCCCACAAGUGCUCUGUGUGGUGAGCCUGGCCACCCACUGCCUGCCUGCACGCCUCCACUGCCCCGCACGAAUCACCUCCUGUCAGCUGCUGGGACAGGCAUGCGCCCAUGCUGCCCUGCGCCAGGCCUUCCCAGCUUCUCUGGGACUUCCCUCCUGUUCCCUGCAGUCCCUCACUUCAGAAGGGUGGAGCAGGGGUGGAGUUGGGUUCCAGGGGCUUGUGAGGGGAGAGCUGAGGUGCCCAGAUUCAUUUCUAGAGAGCCAGAUCCCUGGCCCAGAUGGAUUGUACAGGCCCCACCUCUACUGUGUUCUUACUGAAAAGUCUGGUUAAUAAA